AUGGGUAUGAGAGCUGAGCUAGAUCGGCUAAAUGCUGAUAUGUUGUCCUUACAGGCACGUGACCAGAGUGUGGAGGAUACUGCACCCCUUACUGAUAGAGGGAAACAAGUAGCGGAAGAUACAGUUCCUCGGGCAAAAGAGUUGGAGAUGCUGGCUCGGACAGCGGAGGAUGAGGAGGAGCAUAUUCAGAUUGCCACGGAGAGAUUGAUGUUUAACAAUCUCCCUCUAGCACUAACGAGCAGUAUUACUGGCGCAUCCUCUAGUCAAACUAUGAAGGAUAUGUCAGAAUUAUUCCCAGAGGAAAAGGCCUUGAAAGAAGAGAAACUCAAGCAAGAAGAGAAGUAUAUGUGGGCUAUCGUUGAUGGUGUAAAAGAGAAGAUGGGAAAGCUAAAAAGACGGAUCCGACCAAGUAACAUUACAAUAAAUAUUGGAAAGGAUGCUCCAAUACCAGAAUGUCCUGUCCCUGGUGAAAGCUGGAAGGAAGUAAAGCAUGACAACACUGUAACAUGGUUAGCAUUCUGGAAUGAUCCUAUUAAUCCAAAAGAAUUUAAGUACGUUUUCCUGGCAGCCAGUAGUUCCUUGAAAGGGCAAAGUGACAAGGAGAAGUAUGAGAAAGCAAGGCGUUUAAAGGAUUACAUAGAGGGUAUCAGGUCUGUAUAUACGAAGGAUUUUACCAGUAAAGAUCCUGUAAAGCGUCAAAUCGCAGUUGCAACCUAUCUUAUUGAUAAAUUAGCUCUGAGGGCAGGGAAUGAGAAGGAUGAUGAUGAAGCUGAUACAGUCGGUUGCUGCACAUUGAAGGUUGAGAAUGUAGAACCAGUACCUCCAAAUGUUUUGAAGUUCGAUUUUCUUGGUAAAGAUUCUAUCAGGUACCAAAAUGAGGUCGCUGUGUAUGAGCCUGUUUUCAAAGCUAUUCAACAGUUCCGAAGUGGGAAAAAGGGAGGUGACGACCUUUUUGACCAGCUUGACACAAGUAAGCUUAAUGCUCAUCUAAAGGAACUCAUGCCUGGCCUCACAGCAAAAGUAUUUCGUACUUAUAAUGCAUCUUUUACAUUGGAACAGCAGUUGAAUAAGCUGACUCAAGGUGGAGAGUUUGCUGAGAGAUGUGCAGUGUAUCAAUUGGCAAAUAAAGAGGUUGCAAUAAUCUGCAAUCAUCAACGUAGUGUUUCAAAGUCGCAUAGUCUACAAGUUUCAAAGUUGAAUGAGAAGAUAGAAGAAUUAAAGGUUGUUUUGGAAGAACUCGAAGUAGAUUUGGCUCGGGCUAAAAAAAGAAAACUUCCAGUUAAAAGUUCUGACGGGAAGACAAAGAGGAAUUUGACCCCUGAAAUGUACAAUUACAAAAAAAAGAUAGAUCAAACUAAUGUGAAGAUUGAUAAGAUUGAGAAGCAAAUAGAGACAAAAGAAGAAUUGAAAACUGUGGCUUUAGGCACAUCAAAGAUCAACUAUCUGCAUCCUAGGAUCACAGUUGCCUGGUGUAAGCGUCAUGAGGUUCCCAUCGAAAAGAUUUUCAAUAAGUCUUUUCUAGCAAAGUUUGCCUGGGCAAUGCAUGUUGAGCCAAGCUUCACAUUUUAAAGUUUCAGCAGUUGCGGUUGUUGCUCCCAACGCACACGCAAGUAUAAGUGGUUGCCAAGUAAUAUAGUUAUUUGUAAAAGUCGGAUAUCGUACCCAUAAAGACUUAUGAUCAACGAUUUAAUGAGAAUUCACUAUUACUACGAAUUAUGCAAGUACAAAAGUGGAAUGUUUGAUUAUUUGUAAACUAAUGCGAAAAGUAAAUAACUAACUAAUUAUGCUAACAGUUUGUCA